AUGCAAGCAACCGACAUCAUCGCUUAUCACAGCGGGAACAACUACACACUCAACCAGACGGAUGUAAGGAUCGUGCUGGAAGAUGAGAGUCUGUACAAGGUGCCGGUCGGGCUGCUGGUGCUGCUGUCGGUGUUCUACGGCACGAUCAGCAUCCUGGCGGUGAUCGGCAACUCGCUGGUGAUCUGGAUCGUCGUCACCACCAAGCAGAUGCAGACGAUCACGAACAUGUUCAUCGCCAACCUGGCGCUGGCGGACGUCACGAUCGGCGUGUUCGCCAUCCCGUUCCAGUUCCAGGCGGCCCUGCUCCAGCGCUGGAACCUGCCCGAGUUCAUGUGCCCCUUCUGCCCGUUCGUGCAGCUGAUCAGCGUCAACGUGUCGGUGUUCACGCUCACGGCCAUCGCCGUCGAUCGCCACCGGGCCAUCAUCAACCCGCUAAGGGCGCGCACGUCCAAGAACAUCUCCAAGUUCGUCAUCAGUGCCAUCUGGAUCAUGUCGUUCGCGCUGGCCGCUCCGAUCCUGUUCACGCUUCGUGUUCGCCCGACUUACUACAUCGUAAUGAGCGGCAUGAACGAAACCUACACCAACGUGACGGUGCCAUUCUGCAAGGUCGUUAACUUCGAGAUGGCGGAGAUUCUCCUCUACCGCUACGUGCUGGUGCUGGUGCAGUACUUUAUCCCGCUGUUCGUCAUCAGCUUCGUCUACAUCCAGAUGGCCUUGCGGCUGUGGGGCUCGAAGACGCCCGGCAACGCGCAGGACUCGCGCGACAUAACCAUGCUGAAGAACAAGAAGAAGGUUAUUAAAAUGCUGAUCAUUGUGGUGGCGCUGUUCGGUGUCUGCUGGUUUCCGCUGCAGCUCUACAACAUCCUGCACGUGACGUGGUCGGAAAUCGACGAUUAUCGCUAUAUCAACAUCAUUUGGUUCGUGUGCGAUUGGCUGGCGAUGAGCAACAGCUGCUACAAUCCGUUUAUCUACGGCAUUUAUAAUGAAAAGUUCAAGCGUGAGUUCCGCAAGCGGUACCCAUUCAAGCGGGACGCCACCUUCAACCACAACCACGACGACAAAACGUCGUCGAUUUUUACGCGCGUCAGCUCGAUCCGCUCGAGCUACGCGACCUCGUCGAUCCGGAACAAGCUGAGCACCAACCGGUACUCGGGCUCCGGCAAGCAACUCCCGGCUCAGUUCAAGUUCCUGCCACCGCCCAACGCCAACCACUACCAUCAGAACCCGCUCCAGGAGCUAGCGGUGGGACGGCCGGGCGUCCCGAAGGGUGGAACGACUUCGAGCGUGAGCGGACAUCCGGCCAUCGCCACGACGACCUUCGACAGAGCGCUCGGCUGGGAACCGACCCGUCGGCACGAGGUGGACCACAAGGAUCAGCAACGGGACGGGAACGUGGCUGGCACGGACGAGGAGGAUGACUUCCAGCAGCGCAACUACGCGCCAUCCAACGGUGAGCAGAGCCUCCGCGAACGGACUCCUCUGCGGUCGAGUGGCAAAACGAACGGACAACGGGGGGUUGCGUCUUCCUUCCAUGAACGGGUCGCCCUGAACCACCCACAUCCGGACAGCGGGGGCGAGAGUUUGGACGACGAGGCGAAACCGACUCCGGCCACGACGCACCUCUACUGCAACGAUCUCGACGAUGAGCUCGACCGUCCGUACGACUAAGAGCGGUCCGUUCGCGUGGCAAGCAGAACACCCGACGCGGAGGAAUUUACAAAUCUAGAGAAGCUUUUUCAUUGUUUUACGGAGUACAAAAUGAGAGCUAUAUUUACGAUGUCU